UAGGAUUGUCAUUCCGAUUGACAUAAGUGAAGUUAGAAGUAAAAUAUUGUUUAUAAUGUACCUAAAUUUUCUGACGCUCUCUACAGAAUGAGAAAGUGAAAUGCUCCCGAAAAACAAAACAUGGACGUUAUAAGUGAUAUCAUGGGCCCGUUGAAGCCAGUGUUUGAUGCCUGUGACCAAAAUGGGGACGGUUUUGUGAAAACUAAAGAUCUUGUGCUUUUGCUAAAGAAUCAUACCGGUAGUGAAGAGGACAUGACUAGCAUGACUAGAUUUCUGGACCCAUAUGAUAAAGGCUCAAUAUCAUUCAGUCACUUUUGCAAAGGAGUCAAAGAGUUUAUGGCUGCCCAAGGUGUGCAAGAGGAUGUUCCCACAGAUAAUAAUAAUUCGACUAUUGGUAAUUUAGAUGAAAAGGAAGAAUUCCUUUUAAACGAUCAAAAUGGUUAUCUUACUGAUGACAGUAUGGCUGAUGAAAACACCAAUCCCUUUCAACGAAAUCUAUUGUAUUCCACCUACCCACCAAUAGGCAACUUAAAGAAAGAGAUCCUCCAUUAUCUCCACAAAUUGUUGAAAGUGACUACAAUUGGAUCAUAGCGAGUACAGUGAUGUGAGUACCGGCAAGUUACAAGCACACCCAAAAUGAAGAGGAAAUUUGGAAGUAUGAGGAAUAGAUUAGUGUCACCUUCACUGACUAAUGGCACAAGACCGUAUAGAAGUUAUGAAGAUCUUGAGAAUGCUGUGUCUGAUAAUGAUCAAAAUUUGACAAAGCUAUCUGAAAAGCUGUCCUGUCUUACAAUAGAAAUGUCCAACUUACAAGAAGAGAAUUUAAUCAAUCUAAAUAAGCACAACAAGAUGAAGGAGGAAAAUAAAAAAUUAACCGAAAGAGUCAACGCCCUUGACGAGCUACUCGAACAGCAAAAAAUCACUACGGAUGAAAAAGUCAGCGAGGAAUCGCGGAAAUAUUCAAAUGCCUUGGCGCGAUUAGAGCGUGAAAACGAAGAAAAAUUGGAAAGACUUCAACACAAACUGAAUGAAGCUGAAGAGGAAAUUACUCAGUUAAAACAAGUUGAUCCGAUGAUAAAACGCGAACUGGAAGCAUGUCUUGAGGAAAAACGCCUGCUAGAAGAGAAAAUAGAAACCCUUGAGUUUAAAUUACAAGAAAAGGAACGAACUAUUGAAGAACUCGAUGAAAGAAAUCGAUCGGAAAAAUCGAAAUUUCAACAGGAACGUAAACAACAUACACAGGUGGUCGUAGAGUUACAGAGCCGCAUCGAUGAAUUGAAAAGUUUCAAAAAAGACGCCGAAUCAAGAUUACCUGAUUUUGUAAACGUUGCAGCUGAAAAAGGCGACCUUGAAGAUCAACUUAGAGCCCUUCAAAAGGAAAACGCCAAUUUGUUACAAAGCAGGGAGGAGUUAAAAGUUCAGUUAAUCCAGCAAGGAAAAUGUCUUCUCGAGAAGAACACAUCUUUGGCUGAUGAGUUAUUCUCCGCUGACAAGGAGGAUGUACUGAAGGCUCUCAGGGAUCAAGAGACAUUGAAUCACAGACUUAGAGCGUAUACAGACAGUAUCCUGAUGAUGAUCAUGGAGUAUCACCCCGAGUUACUGGAAAAGUAAUUCGUGAUGAUGAAAUUAUAAAGUUUUUUCAAGUUAUAGUCUAGAUAACAUUUAAUUUUAUACUCUGUAUAUAGCGAUACGAUUUUUUAACACAAUGUAGCUGACAUUUUCGAGAUUUUAGAAAAGAUAAAGACUAAUAAUGAAUGGCUCGCGUAUUGAAUUAAAAUGAAUGGUAACUGUACAAUAUUGAAUUAAUCAUGCAACCAAUUCAAGAAGAAAUUUCUAUAUCUGUUCAUUUAAUAUUAUAAAAUAAAAACAACAAAA